AUGACUAACCGGGGAGAGGGUGGUCUGAGUGUGCCAAAGAGAGGCAUUAGGGGAACCCGCCGACUGGGGGCGGGGGCGGAGGCUGGCACGAGGGCGGGCCAGAAGCUCGCUCUGUCUAGCGCAGGACGCCGAAGUUUUAAUCAACUCCCAACUGAUCUGCCGAAAGAAGAGCCUUCCCAGGGGGAGCUGGUGGCGGAGGAGGACCCGGACCCGCCGGAACUGAAUCCCCAGACAGAGGAAAGCCAGGAUCCUGGGCCUUUCCUGAAGAGGCUGGUUCGGCCGCGCAGAAAUGCACCUAAAGGCCGGAAAACGCGGGCUCGCAGAGUCAUUGCAGCGCAUUAUGAAGUUCACCCACGACCGGGACAGGACGGAGCGCAGGCCGGUGUGGACGGCACGGUGAGCGGCUGGGAAGAGGCGAAAAUCAACAGCUCCAACCCACUGCGCUAUGACCGCCAGAGCGGGGAGUUUCUCGUCGUGCGGGCCGGGCUCUAUUACCUCUACUGUCAGGUGCACUUUGACGAGGGGAAGGCUGUCUACCUGAAGCUGGACUUGCUGGUGGAUGACGCGCUGGCCCUGCGCUGCCUGGAGGAGUUCUCGGCCACGGCCGCGAGCGCCGUGGGGCCCCAGCUCCGCCUCUGCCAGGUGUCUGGGCUGUUGCCCCUCCGGCCGGGGUCCUCCCUGCGGAUCCGCACCCUCCCCUGGGCCCAUCUCAAGGCCGCCCCCUUCCUCACCUACUUUGGACUCUUCCAGGUUCACUGAGGGGCCCUGGUGGCGCCCCCACCGCGGCUGUCUCGGUGCGCCCCUCCCCCCGUGCGCCCCCCCUCCUCCCCCGU